AUGUCCUGGCUCUUCUUCGCUUCCUUGGGCUUGCAGGGCUGGCUCAGCCGCGGCUACGACAAUGGCGCUCCCCACUCCCGGUUGCCACCUCUGGGCUGGUCCAGUUGGGUAGGUCUCGGCCGCCAGUGGCCGGGCCCAGAAGCGCAGGCACCAGAGUUCGACUUCUGUGACGAAGCGAGCGUGAAGCUUUCUGUCGACGCCUUUCAUCAGGUUGGCCUUUAUGAUGCCGGCUAUCGCCACUUUCAUUUGGAUGACUGCUGGGCGGACCACGAGAGAAAUGCCUCGGGCUUCUUGCAAGCAGACAGGCAGCACUUUCCGAAUGGCAUGAAGCCCAUCGUAGACUACGCGCACUCCAAGGGCCUCACCUUUGGACUGUACACCUGCGCUGGGACCUACACUUGCGUCGGUCGGCGACCUGGCUCCAAGGGGCAUUUCGCGGAGGAUGCAGCGGUUUUUGCAGAGUGGGGCGUGGACGUGGUGAAGAUGGACUGGUGUUUCACGGAGGGAAUGGAGCCUGAGCCGACCUACACAGCCUUCUCGAAAGCUUUGAAUGCCACAAACCGGCCGAUCCACUUCAACAUGUGCGAAUGGGGGAAGGAGAAGCCCUGGACCUGGGGCCCUGCAGUCGCCCAGUCCUGGAGGGCCACAGGCGAUCACGUCCCGCUCUGGUCGGACACAAAGAGGGUCAUCGAAGAGAGGACGAAGAUCCCUGAGGAGUACGCCGGCCGCCCCUUUGCCUGGAAUGACAUGGACAUGCUGGAGACCGGGAACUACCGGCAGGCCGCCCAUGCCAACGGGAAGACCGGGAACAUGACGAAAGUCGAGUACCGAACCGAGGUCUCCAUGUGGGCUAUCCUGGCCUCACCGCUCAUCGUUACGACUCCCCUCCUGAACUGCUCGAAGACGGAUCAGAUCUUAGGGAACUUCACAUCAGGCAGCUGCAGGCCCUCCAUUACACCCCUGCAGAAGGAGCUCCUUCUGAACAAAGAGGUCCUUUCAGUGAACCAGGCGGAUACCGCUCCGGGUCGGCUGGUGAAAGACUUCGGUACUUGGAGGGUUUACAGCAGACUGAUGGGCGAUAUAUCCACGGCCGUGGCUUUUUACAAUCCGUCCGAUACCAAAGUCUUUGCCAGUGUGGAGUUAUCCACACUGGGAUGGCCCAAGGGCUCUUCGGCAAGCGUGCGAGACCUCUGGGCUCAGAAGCACUUACUGAACACGUUUGAGCGCUUCCCGACCGUGGGUAGUGUCGGCAUCGAACCGCACGAGACUCUCCUGUUGCGAUUCGACCGAGUGUCGGAGCUGGUCGUGUGA